AAAUCUGAAAAUCGGCGAUUCUAAUUCUCUCCCCUCCUCCACCGCAAAAAUUACAAAUCCAUGGCCUCAAUGAAGCUCCCGCUUCACACCCUCGUCGAAUUCUCCGGAGGAAUUCAUCAGCACAUAUGGGUUUUACUGAGCUUGGAUCUGAUCGAAUCGGAGACACCUUUCAGCUUGUGGAGAUUCCGAAACGACGAGGACGAGGUUAAGGCCUUUUUUGGCCAACUCAAAGGCGAAAGCUUUUUCCCGAUAUUUUCGGUAGAUUCUUGGUGGGUCUCUGAGGAAGUAGAUGUAGAAAUAUGUUAGGGGAGAUAGAAGAUGUUCUUCUUGAAGAUGGAGAUUAAAGCCAAAAGCUAAGAGAAGGAGGAAUUUUGAAGUAAGAAGAGAGCUCAAUGAGAAGAUAGAAGGGAUCCCAAGAUCACAAAUUCUCAAAAUACCGAGCCAGAGAGCAAUCUAGUUUUCCAGAGAGCAAUCUAGUUUUCCAGAGAAAGUGAGUCCUUUUGAAGAAAUCAGAUCGUGAGAGAGAUAUUGCAAAACAUCAAACUACAAGUUCGUUAUAACAGACUUGGGCUACCCUAAGUGAUGUCGCAGCUACCAUUCGUAAUUUGGAGCAUAUUUGCGGUCAUUUGUGUCGAAAUCGUGACUUCCAAUGUGAGUAUAUUUUCUUACCUCUCUAAGUUACCAUUUGGUAUAGGCUGAUAAUAUUAGUUGUGUGAGUCUUGCAAGUGUUUUGAUAUAUUCAGAAGACUUUUUCAUUGCUUUUCAAUGAAUCCAAGUUUGUUUAGUUAUACUGAGUUUUCCUUUAGAUUUUCUUACACAUAUGUCCAUUAACCGUAAUUAGAUUCUGUGGAUAGUUUUUGUUAACUUAAUUAAAAUCCUUAGAAGUUUCCUGUAUAACAUAUGUGUCAUUUUUAGUCAAAAUUAUGAUACUGAAAUCUUAUUUUUUUGAUAAAGACACUGAAAUUUGAUUUAUUUGAUGAACCACACAAAUAUCACCGAUUUUCUUUUCAAAUUUGUAAUGUUGUUUCUCUGUUUUAUGAUUUUUUCUUUUUCUUUUUUGAGUUAAAUAAUUAAUAAUUCUGCCAAAAAAUUUAAGUAUUUAUAGUUAACUAUUGUUAUAGUCUAAACCCACAAUAAUAGGAAACCACAUUGCUACCGCCAUUAAAAACGGAAACCGCAUUAUUAAUGUAACAGUCCCACAUCGCUUAGGAUUAACGAGGGAGGUCGGCGAAUUUCCCUUAUAAAUACAGAAACUUUUUUGUUUUUCCUGAAAAUCUUACUUUUCUUUGAAACGUCAGAUUACGCAAGGUAACACACAAGUUUAGUUUUUUUUUUGGUUUUCACCGGCGACUCAAUCUUGAUUCUGUUCUUGAUUCUGUCUCGAAUGUUAUCAUGGUGUCUCUGUCCGAAGCUAAUCUUGAUCCUCCGUCGAAGCUUACACCUGAGGAAGAUGAUGCGAAACUGGAGAAGAAGGCUAGGGUUUGGAUGCAAUUGAAUUCUAAACGGUAUGGUGAGAAGAGAAGAUUAGGGUUCGUGGAAACGCAGAAAGAAGACAUGCCACCAGAGCAUCUUAGGAAGAUUAUGAGGGAACAUGGUGAUAUGUCAUCGAAGAGAUAUCGUCAUGACAAACGCGUUUAUCUUGGAGCUCUCAAGUUUGUUCCUCACGCUGUUUUCAAGCUCCUGGAGAAUAUGCCAAUGCCUUGGGAGCAAGUCAGGGACGUCAAGGUCUUGUAUCACAUCACCGGAGCGAUCACGUUUGUGAACGAGAUACCGUUGGUUGUGGAGCCUAUUUACAUGGCUCAGUGGGGUACUAUGUGGAUCAUGAUGAGAAGAGAGAAGAGAGAUCGUCGACACUUCAAGAGAAUGCGGUUUCCGCCUUUUGAUGAUGAAGAGCCUCCGCUGGAUUAUGCAGAUAAUCUGAUGGAUGUUGAUCCUUUAGAACCGAUUCAGUUGGAGCUUGAUGAGGAUGAAGAUUCUCCUGUGUACAGUUGGUUUUACGAUCACAAGCCGCUUGUAAAGACGAGUAUGAUCAAUGGUCCGAGUUACAGGAGGUGGAACCUCUCGCUUCCGGUUAUGGCGACGCUUCACAGGCUUGCAGGUCAGUUGCUUUCUGAUUUGGUUGAUGGGAACUAUUUCUAUUUGUUUGAUAUGCCAUCGUUCUUGACAUCAAAGGCGUUGAACAUGUGCAUACCCGGUGGUCCAAAGUUUGAGCCUUUGUAUCGUGAUGUGGAGAAAGGGGACGAGGAUUGGAACGAGUUCAACGACAUCAACAAGCUCAUCGUUAGAUCUCGUAUGCGAACUGAGGGAAGAGUAGCUUUCCCUUACUUGUACAAUAACAGGCCCAGGAAAGUAAAGCUCUCUGCGUAUCACACUCCUAUGGUUAUGUACAUCAAGAGUGAGGAUCCUGACCUUCCUGCGUUUUAUUAUGAUCCGUUGAUUAACCCAAUAAGUAACACUAAUCAGGGAUUUCGUGACAAAAAGGUUUAUGAUGAUGAGGAAGAUGACUUUGCCUUACCACAAGGUGUGGAGCCGUUGCUACAAGACACCGAUCUUUACACUGACACUACAAGUGCUGGGAUUACGUUGUUGUUUGCUCCAAGACCUUUCAAUAUGAGGUCUGGGAAGACGCGGCGUGCAGAGGAUAUACCGCUUGUGUCAGAGUGGUUCAAGGAGCACUGUCCUUCAACAUAUCCGGUCAAAGUUCGGGUUAGUUACCAGAAGCUCUUGAAAUGUUAUGUUCUGAAUGAGUUACACCGUAGACCACCUAAAUCUCAGAAGAAGAAGCACUUGUUCCGGUCUCUUGCAGGGACAAAGUUUUUCUAAAGCACCGAACUUGAUUGGGUUGAAGCAGGUUUGCAAGUCUGCCGGCAAGGUUACAAUAUGUUGAAUCUGUUGAUUCAGAGGAAGGGUUUAAACUACCUGCAUCUUGAUUACAACUUCAACCUCAAGCCAGUUAAGACUUUGACGACCAAGGAGAGGAAGAAGUCACGUUUCGGGAAUGCUUUCCAUCUCUGUCGCGAGAUUCUCCGGCUGACAAAACUUGUGGUCGACGCAAAUGUCCAGUUCCGGCUUGGGAACGUUGAUGCCUUCCAGUUGGCUGAUGGCCUGCAAUAUAUUUUCUCCCACGUUGGCCAGUUGACAGGUAUGUAUCGCUAUAAGUACAGGCUGAUGAGACAAAUUAGGAUGUGCAAGGACUUGAAGCACUUGAUUUACUACCGUUUCAAUACUGGUCCUGUGGGUAAAGGGCCAGGGUGUGGAUUCUGGGCUCCAAUGUGGAGAGUGUGGUUGUUUUUCCUCCGUGGAAUAGUUCCUCUACUAGAACGAUGGUUAGGGAAUCUUCUUGGACGUCAUUUCGAGGGGCGUCAUUCGAAAGGAGUGGCGAAAACUGUCACAAAGCAAAGAGUUGAAAGCCAUUUUGACUUGGAGCUUCGAGCUGCUGUCAUGCAUGAUCUUGUUGAUGCCAUGCCAGAGGGUAUGAAUCAGAAGAAAGUGCGAGUAAUCGGGCAGCACCUUAGUGAGGCGUGGCGGUGUUGGAAAGCUAAUAUCCCGUGGAACGUCCCUGGUCUGCCUCUGCCCGUUGAGAAUAUGAUCCUCAGGUAUGUCAAGCAUAAGGCUGACUGGUGGACAAAUGUUACUCACUACAACCGUGAGCGUAUCAGGAGAGGGGCUACAGUUGAUAAGACAGUUUGUAGGAAGAACCUUGGAAGGAUGACACGUCUUUGGCUAAAGGCAGAACAGGAAAGGCAACACAAUUACCUGAAAGACGGUGCACCUGUCACUUCGGAGGAAGCAGUUGCAACUUAUAGAACUACCGUCGCGUGGCUGGAAGCAAGAAAGUAUUCGCCGAUUCCGUUCCCUCCUCUGUCAUACAAACAUGAUACGAAGUUGCUCAUCCUCGCCCUCGAGAGACUGAAAGAAUCAUAUGGUGGAGAUGGAAGGUUGAAUCAGCAGCAGCGAGAAGAGCUUGGUCUUAUUGAACAAGCUUAUGACAAUCCUCAUGAGACUCUAGCGCGGAUUAAACGCCAUCUUUUGACUCAGCGCAAGUUUAAAGAUGUGGGUAUUCAGUUUAUGGAUCAAUACAGCUGUUUGAUUCCGGUUUAUGAUAUCGAUCCUCUAGAGAAGAUUACUGAUGCCUAUCUUGAUCAAUACUUAUGGUACGAGGCUGACAAGCGCCACUUGUUUCCCAACUGGGUUAAGCCAGCAGAUUCAGAGCCACCACCGCUUCUGGUUUACAAGUGGUGUCAGGGUAUUAAUAAUUUGCAAGGCAUAUGGGACACAGGUGAUGGGCAGUGUGUGGUGAUGCUCCAGACGAAGCUUGAAAAGUUGUUUGAGAAGAUUGAUGUCACAAUAUUGAACAGGCUUCUUCGUUUGAUUGUUGACCCCAACAUUGCAGACUAUAUAACAGCCAAGAAUAAUGUUCUGUCUUACAAGGAUAUGAGUCAUACUAACUCGUAUGGUCUCAUCAGGGGACUUCAGUUCGCAUCCUUUGUUGCUCAGUUUUAUGGACUAGUGCUGGAUCUUUUGCUUCUUGGUUUGACUCGAGCGAGUGAGAUUGCUGGGCCACCGCAGAAGCCUAACGAGUUUUUGACCUAUUGGGAUACAAAAGUUGAGACGCGCCAUCCCAUAAGGUUAUAUUCCCGGUACAUAGACAAGGUGCACAUCAUGUUUAAAUUUACUCAUGAAGAGGCCCGAGAUCUUAUUCAACGUUACCUUAGGGAAAAUCCUGAUCCCAACAAUGAAAACAUGGUGGGGUAUAACAAUAAGAAGUGCUGGCCAAGAGAUGGAAGGAUGAGGUUAAUGAAGCAUGAUGUCAAUCUUGGUAGAAGUAUCUUCUGGGAAAUGAGGAACCGUCUUCCUCGGAGCCUUACAACUUUUGAGUGGGAGAAUAGCUUCGUUUCUGUGUACAGCAAGGAUAAUCCCAAUCUGUUGUUCAACAUGUGUGGAUUUGAGAUCCGCAUACUUCCAAAGAUCAGGAUGAGCCAAGAAGUUUUUAGCAACAUUGGGGAUGGUGUCUGGAAUCUGCAGAAUGAACAGACUAAAGAGAAGACUGCCGUGGCUUUUCUGCGCGUUGAUGAAGAAAAAAUCAAGGCGUUUGAUAAUCGUGUGAGGCAAAUUCUGAUGUCGUCAGGGUCAACCACAUUUACCAAAAUCGCCAACAAGUGGAAUACAGCUCUGAUAGGUGUCAUGGCUUACUUUCGUGAAGCCACUCUGCAUACACCAGAGCUCAUUGAUCUGUUGGUUAAAGGUGAAAGUAAAAUCCAGACAAGGAUCAAGAUUGGUCUGAACUCAAAGAUGCCUAGUCGGUUUCCUCCUGUUGUCUUCUACACUCCAAAGGAAAUCGGCGGGCUUGGAAUGUUGUCUUUGAGUCAUAUUCUGAUCCCUCAAAGCGACCUUCGGUACAGCAGACAAACAGACCUUGGUGUUACUCACUUCAGAAGUGGAAUGAGCCAUGAAGAGGAUCUGAAAAUACCAAAUCUUUACCGUUACAUUCAGUCAUGGGAAAGCGAGUUUAUAGAUUCACAGCGGGUGUGGGCGGAGUUUGCUUUGAAGAGGCAGGAAGCACAGAUCCAAAACAGGCGUCUUGCACUUGAGGAUUUAGAAGACUCUUGGGAUAGGGGACUUCCGCGUAUAAAUACGCUAUUUCAGAAGGAUAGGCACACGUUAGCAUAUGAUAAAGGCUGGAGAGUCCGGACCGACUUCAAGCAGUACCAAGUCAUGAAACAAAAUCAUUUCUGGUGGACUCAUCAGAAGCAUGAUGGGAAAUUGUGGAACUUGAACAACUAUCGAACUGAUGUCAUCCAAGCUCUUGGAGGUGUUGAAGGUAUUCUUGAGCACACUUUAUUUAAGGGAACAUACUUUCCAACGUGGGAGGGUCUUUUCUGGGAGAAGGCAUCUGGGUUUGAGGAGUCUAUGAAGUAUAAGAAGCUGACGAAUGCACAGAGGUCUGGUCUGAACCAGAUUCCAAAUAGAAGGUUCACGCUCUGGUGGUCGCCGACAAUCAAUCGAGCCAAUGUUUAUGUCGGUUUCCAGGUGCAGUUGGACCUGACCGGAAUCUUCAUGCAUGGAAAGAUUCCUACCCUUAAGAUAUCUUUGAUUCAGAUUUUCCGUGCCCAUAUGUGGCAAAAGAUCCAUGAGGGUGUUGUUAUGGAUCUUUGCCAAGUAUUGGAUCAAUAUAUGGAUGCCUUGGAGAUAGAAGGUGUACAGAAGGAGACAAUUCAUCCAAGGAAGAGUUACAAAAUGAAUAGCUCUUGUGCUGAUAUUCUUCUGUUUUCUGCCAACAAAUGGCCAAUGUCUAAGCCUAGUCUAGUGACUGAGUCGAAUGAAAUCUUUGACCAGAAAGCUAGUAACAAGUAUUGGAUAGAUGUACAGCUUCGAUGGGGAGAUUAUGACUCUCAUGAUAUUGAGCGUUACACUAGGGCGAAAUUCAUGGAUUAUACAACAGAUAACAUGUCUAUCUAUCCAUCUUCAACCGGUGUUGUGAUUGGGAUUGAUCUGGCGUACAACUUGCAUUCCGCCUAUGGUAAUUGGUUCCCUGGUUCAAAGUCUCUGCUUGCUCAAGCAAUGAACAAGAUUAUGAAGUCAAAUCCAGCGUUAUGUGUUUUGAGAGAAAGGAUAAGGAAGGGUUUGCAGUUAUACUCGUCUGAGCCUACGGAGCCGUAUUUGUCAUCACAAAACUAUGGCGAAAUAUUCAGUAAUCAGAUGAUGUGGUUUAUUGACGAUACCAAUGUCUAUCGUGUGACGAUGCACAAGACAUUUGAAGGGAACGUGACAGCAAAGCCAAUCAAUGGCGCAGUUUUUAUCUUCAAUCCAAGAACUGGGCAGCUGUUCCUGAAGGUUAUCCAUACAAGCGUUUGGGCUGGUCAGAAGCGUCGUAGUCAGCUAGCGAAAUGGAAAACGGCCGAAGAAGUUGCUGCACUUGUGCGGUCUCUCCCCAUUGAAGAACAACCAAAACAAGUUAUUGUGACUCGUAAAGGAAUGUUGGAGCCCGUUCAGGUUAACUUGCAGGAUUUCCCUAACAUUGUUAUCAAGGGAAGCGAGUUGCAGCUUCCAUUCCAGGCUUGCCUUAAGAUUGAGAAGUUUGGUGAUAUGAUUUUGAAAGCCACUGAGCCGCGUAUGUUCCUCUUCAAUAUCUAUGAUGAUUGGUUGACGAGUAUUUCCUCUUACACUGCCUUCUCAAGACUCAUUCUCAUCCUCCGUGCUCUUCAUGUCAGCAAUGAGAAGGCUAAGAUGUUAUUGAAGCCCGACAAGUCUGUUGUCACUGAGACGCAUCACAUCUGGCCUUCUCUCACUAACGACCAAUGGAUAAAGGUGGAGGUUAAAGACCUCAUUCUUUCUGACUACGCCAAGAAGAAUAACGUGAACACCUCGGCUCUGACACAGUCAGAGAUAAGAGAUAUCAUACUUGGAGCUGAGAUUACUCCACCGUCUCAACAAAGGCAACAAAUAGCUGAGAUUGAGAAACAGGCCAAGGAAGUGGGACAGCUUAGUGCAGUCACAACGAGGACCACAAAUGUUCAUGGUGAUGAGCUCAUUGUCGCCACCAUCAGUCCUUACGAGCAAGCUGCGUUCGGUUCUAAAACAGACUGGCGCGUCCGUGCAGUCUCAGCUACUAAUCUUCACCUUAGGGUGAGCCACAUUUAUGUGAACUCAUAUGACAUAGAUGAAGCAGGAUACACCUACAUAAUGCCAAAGAACAUCUUGAAGAAGUUCAUCCGCAUAGCAGAUCUUCGUACUCAGAUUGCUGGGUAUUUGUAUGGUGUCAGUCCCCUGGAUAAUCCGCAGGUCAAGGAAAUCCGCUGUGUUGUGAUGGUGCCUCAGUGGGGAACUCACCAGCAAGUUCACUUGCCGUCUUCUCUUCCUGAGCAUGAUUUCUUGAAGGGUCUUGAGCCCUUGGGAUGGAUGCACACACAGCCUAAUGAGCUUCCUCAGCUGUCGCCACAAGAUGUUACCUCACAUGCCCGUUUUCUGGAGAGUAACAAGCAAUGGGACAGAGAAAAAUGCAUCAUCUUGACUUGCAGUUUCACUCCAGGAUCAUGUUCGUUGACCUCAUAUAAGCUGACCCAAGCCGGAUAUGAAUGGGGACUGGUCAACAAAGACACAGGCAAUAAUCCCCAAGGCUACCUUCCAACACACUUUGACAAGGCUCAAAUGCUAUUGAGUGACCGGUUCCUUGGGUUUUACAUGGUUCCUGAAAAUGUACCAUGGAACUAUAACUUCAUGGGAGUAAAGCACACGACGAGCAUGAAAUACAGCGUGAAACUCGGAAAUCCCAAGGAGUACUAUGACAGUGAGCAUCGACCCACUCAUUUCCUGGAGUUCAGCAAUAUGGAGGAGGAUGGUGACUUCAGCGAGAGAGAUCGUGAGGACACUUUUGCUUGAUAUUUCAUUUGUUUACUGCUUUUAUUGUUUUGCUUUACCUUUCUUGCCAGUCUUAUUGCGCUACAUAGAACUUAGAAGAAUCAAGUAUAAUUGAGAAUUAAGAACCGGAUGUACUGUCUUUUACAUUGCUGGCUGGGAUUUGUUUUUUUGUUUUUGGUUCAAGCUAGAUUCAUCUUAUUGUCCUUGUACACGAGUUAUCUGAAGUGUAAUUUGUCUUGAAUAUAUCUGUUCUUCUGUGUCUUUGUGUAUAUAUGCUCUC